UAUAAAUACUCCGGUCCACGGUAAAAUAUAGACAGUCGUGCGUCGUGGAUACAGUCCGGAUACAAAAUGACUGCGUGUUUACGAAUGCUGGGCCUUAUGGCCGUUACAGUCAGUCACAUGACACAAGGUAUGAUCAUCUACAAUCCAACGUCGUACACAAGUCGGUACACCGAUCCGUGUUCACCAAACCCGUGCGGUUCCAACACUCAGUGUCGCGUGGCCGAAGGAAGACCCGUUUGCAGCUGUCUGGCCGGACACUGGGGAAAUCCGUUGACCUACUGUCAACGCGGCGAAUGCGAAGUCAAUCAAGACUGCCCAAACACGAAAGCUUGCCGUAAUUACAAAUGUGAAGAUGUAUGUUCAGGACAAUGCGGAUACAACGCUGAUUGCACUCCCAGGAAUCAUAUCGCUGUGUGUUCCUGUCCAGCCCGUCAUGUCGGUGAUCCGUCCGUGUCUUGUCGCCGAAUGGAUCCACAAGAACUGUGCUAUCCUAGCCCGUGUGGUCAGAAUACCAAAUGCGAUGUGAUCAACGAUGUGCCAGUAUGCACUUGCCUACCAGGUUACUUCGGUUCGCCAACUACUGGUUGCCGUCACGAAUGCGAAUCCGACUAUGAUUGCAGUCCAUCGCAGAUGUGUCAACAGAACAAGUGCACCUCAGCAUGCGCUACGGGCACUUGUGCACCGACUGCGAUAUGUGACGUCAGCAACCACCGGCCAAUCUGCUCGUGUCCUAAGGCGCGUUUCCGGUCGCCCCCCCCCCCCGCGGGAUGUUUAGACGUCCGCGGAAACGACCGUUGGUGCGUGCGAAAUGUAAUUUUUGUCGGUUCGGGUGUUUUAUUAUUCUAAUCGUUAUAUUUUACGUUUUGUUGCCGUGACGUGAAAACUUUACGGUUUAAGCUCGACCUUACGCGAUAGGUAUAAGUCAAACGCGCUGUACGCCCACACGAAGUUUAUAUUAUAACGGCACAUGUGGUAGACAUUUUUUUUUUUUUUGAUUUUUCGAAUAUUAUAUUAUUAUCGUUACCAUUUUUUAUUCUUUU